AUGGCGGACUCACCGAGCCCCGAGGCUCGCGAGUUGAGUCUGAUAGGCAAGGUGGAAUUCCGCAUCGCCAUGGCAGAUACUGAUGAAAAGCUUCAGUCGCUUCUUCAGAUGUAUCUGGCCCCUCUGUUGCUGAAACUUUCUUCGGAAAGUGUGGAUGUCCGCAACAAGGUCAUCUCGGUUUGCCAGCAUGUUAGCGCCCGUGUCAAAACCCCCUCGAUUCAAUUGCCAGUCGCGGCGUUGUUAAAGCAGUUCAAAGAGCAAAAGUCUCAGCUGGUUCGGCAUUUUGAUUUGAUCUACGCCCAGCAAGGAAUCGAUCGCCUUGGUUCUGAUGCCAGAGUCGAGAUUCUGCUGCCUUUGCUGCAGGGUAUCGCCGAGAUUGGAACGUCUGCCACUCAGGGAGCUAUUGUAUUCAACCUCGUGCUACGCUUACUGCCUCUUUUCAAGCUGCCGCCGAAGGGCAGCGAUGAAGACCAGAAGCUCAAGCAGCGCUUGGGCCUGUCCGACGAAGAUGCCCGGUUUUUGUCUUCGUGGCUGGGGAAGCUAUUACUCCUUUCACCCGCUCCUGCUGAAGCCCCAACAUGCCCAGGAUUGUCUCCAGAUGAGUACAAAUUUUUGAACAAAGGAGCGCCGGUCACCGAAACGUGGAAUCCUUCCUCUCCGGGCGGCUUGAACCUGACAGAGACCAAAGUCGUGGCUCUUCGCUUCCUCGGAAGCGGGGCUUUCCCGGAUUCUCAGCGAUUCUUGCCCUCGCUCAUUGCUGCUGCCGAUGCAAACUCUCGUCUUGCUGACCUGGGCGAUGAGACUCUGAAGCGAUUUGCAGUCGACCUCGAAGAUCCAACGGUGGUGGAACAAUUGUAUGAACUGUAUUUUGGCGCAGGACGGGCUGAUGGCGCGCCUCCGGUGCGUGCUCCAUUGCAAGUGAAGAUCUUGGGUUUCUUGGGAAAGUCUAUCAAGGCCACGGAAAACACCCAGAGAAUUUUCAAGCUUAUCGAAGAGGGUCUUCUUUCGGAUGUUGCAAGGUCAGCUCAGGGCCUACAGGCCUCUAAACUAAGAACGCAAAUAUUCACCUUCACCACCUGGGUUGUCCGCAUGGGCUCCCCGUCGGACCUCAAACAAAUUGCUCCUAAGCUGAUCGCAGGCCUGAGGGACUUUAUUCAGUCUCAGGGAUGGCCCAGUCCGGGUGCCAGUGGGCAGAAGCUGCCUGCAACAGACCUGAGCUUGCGUGGUCUUGCCUAUGAAAGUAUUGGUAUCAUGGUACCCAAGGUUGAUUUCCAGCUGCGUGAUGAAACAGGGGAGAACUUUGAGUUUGAUCUGGUUCGGUGGCUCUUUACCUCAUUAAGUUCCGAUGAUUCAAGUCCAGAGAUCUUUGUCAGUAUCGACCAGGCACUGGGAAGUAUUCUCAACUCCUCCCUAGACAGCCAUGACAAAGACUUCCAGGACCAGCUGCGUCCAUUCCUGGUCAGCCAGAUGGGCUUGCAUCCAGGAGAUAUUGACCCAGAUACUGGCUUCAACAUUGCCCGGGGUGUACAAUACGCUGCUGUGCGAUUUGCCAAUAGAUUUUUGCCCUAUAGCGAUGUGGUGGCUCGUUGGAUCGAUCUGAUGGCUAUUGCAAGAGGUCCUGAGAGACAAACGGAGAUCGUUGAGGAAGGCAAAAAAGGUCUUCAUCCCUACUGGUUCCGACUUCUCAAUCCCACCAAAGACCAGAAAUGGUCUGCUCCAGCAACUCAGGAGCGUGAUGAGACCUGGUUCAACUUCCCGAGCUUUGCUGAUGCAACCAAAUUCCUGCUUGGCCCGGGAGGUCAAGAUGAUAACUCGAUGGAUCAGACUUUUGCCGGGCCACAGCUUCUAUCAGGCCCGUACAAGAACGCAUUUGUGCCUGCCAUUGCGUUCCUUCGCAACGCCCUCCUCGAGGAAGCAUUUUCGGCGGCAGGUAUUUCUACCGAGAUGGAACAAGACUGGGACUACAAACUUGAAGUACACCUCUCAACUAGUGAACAAGCGCGGUCUGCCGUAAGACAGUAUAUCCGCAGCUCUGCUAAGGAACCCGUGUUUACGUUCCUGUCGGGUAUCCUCGACGGUCUUGUAAAGGAAGACCUUACUAAAUUGCGCCAAUGUGGUGUUCAUUUCAUGGAAAUCUGUUCAUUGGCACCCAACGAUGUGGUUGAGAAAUUGAUCUCUCGAGCUCAGUCUCUGACUCGGCCUAUCUUCAGCAACAAUCAAGAGAUGCAGGGCCUGGCUGCGCGGGCUUUUGGAAUACUAGUGUCCCAUCCGGCCUUUGCAGAGGUCCAGGUGAAGAGCUUCACAACCCAGCUGGCCGGUACCAUUGAGUCAUGGAACACCGCUAUUGGGGAGGCGGCGCUUCGAGUUCGCGGGGCGAUCCUCGCACUCUCUUAUCUACUGAGCAGGCUUGCAUAUCGCGGUUUGCUGAACAAGGUUCCCGAAGCGCAAGUGAAACAAUUCAUUGAGACUGUUUUGGAUAUCACUGAUGCUUCCCGGGAUACUCUUCUUGUGCGGACUGCAGAGGUGGCCAUUGGGCAACUCAGUCUAUCCGGUAUUCUUUCUCUUGAAACUCUCCCCGAAGAUGGCUGGAAGAAGAUUCUCAAGAAGCUUUCGAGCGAUGCCAAAUCUGAGAAUGAUAUCCCGAUCGCGUCUUUCGGUCUUUUGACGCUGACAUUUUCGAGGGCUCAGCCAAUGGCCCCUCUAUUCACCGAAUUCCUGAACUCUCUCUAUGGUUUGCAUGAAAUCAAGAGCCCCGAAGUUCAGUUCACUGUGGGUGAAGCUUUGAGCAACGUUGCUGUCGGAUGGGACUCUCGGGCCCUGAUUCAAGAGUUUGACGUAGACGCUGCGUUCCCCCGGUCAGAUGUGCCACGCACGGUGUUUGCGAAAGUGUGUGACAAGGUCAUCGCUGACUGCGUUGCACCCAAACCAUCACUUCGAAAAGCCUCCGCUAUCUGGCUUCUGUCGCUCGUCAAGAACUGUGGGCACCUGCAAGAGAUGCAGGAGCGCCUGCGCAAGUGUCAAGCCACAUUCUCUACACUUCUUGGAAACCGGGACGAAGUGGUGCAGGAGACCGGUGCCCAUGGUCUCAGCCUUGUAUACGAGAUUGGUGACCAGGCUCUGAAGGAUAGUCUUGUUCGUGACCUCGUGGACUCCUUCACGGCCACGGGAACCAACCUCGGAGGCGGCAAUGUCAAUGAAGAUACUCAGUUGUUUGAGCCCGGUGCACUACCUACGGGUGAAGGGCAGUCCGUCAAUACAUACAAGGAUAUUAUGAACCUGGCCGCAGAGGCGGGAGAUCCCACCCUUGUGUAUCGAUUCAUGUCUUUGGCCUCAAACAAUGCCCUCUGGAGCAACCGGGCCGCCUUUGGCCGAUUUGGCAUCAGCACCAUCUUCUCCGACUCCAGUGUGGAUGGCUAUCUGGCACAGAAUCCCAAGAUCUAUCCCAAACUCUUCCGAUACCGCUUCGAUCCCAAUCCCAAUGUACAGCGGUCCAUGAACACUAUCUGGCAGGCUCUCGUCCGGGACCCUACAGUGGUGGUUGACACCCAUUUCGACCAAAUUAUGGAGGAUCUACUCAAGAACAUGCUCGCCGGGCGCGAAUGGCGUAUGCGACAAGCAAGCUGUGCCGCCGUGGCAGAUCUGGUACAGGGUCGCCGCCCGGAGAAGUAUGCGCAGUAUCUGGAUGAGAUCUACAGCAAGGGUUUCAAACUCCUAGACGAUAUUAAAGAGUCCGUGCGGGCGGCUGCCCUCAAGCUCUGCCAGACCAUUACUAACUCUGUGAUUCGCACGCUCGAGACGAGUGGCACGGAGAAGCGCGCGAGUGCUCUGCUCGGGAGCGCCAUUCCCUUCCUUCUCGGCGAGCAGGGAUUGGACUCGAGUGUGGAGGAGGUGCGGGGAUACGCCAUCGGGGCACUCGUUCAGAUCAUCAAAAAGAGCCCCGGUACGAAGCUGCGCCCCUUCGUCCCCACCAUCCUCGAGAAGUUCCUGGGCUCGCUCAGCUCUCUCGAGCCGCAGGCCGUCAACUACGUCCAUCUCAAUGCCGACAAAUACGGUCUUACCGGUCAAGAAAUCGACAAGAUGCGUCUGUCCAGCAUCCGCACGUCCCCCAUGAUGGAGGUGAUCGAGCGGUAUCUGAUCGAUCAUCUGGACGAGACCAACCUCGAGGAACUGGCACGGAAACUAGAGGACGUGCUUCGCUCGGCGGUGGGCCUCCCAUCGAAGGUGGGCUGCAGCCGGGUUCUGGUACUGCUGAGCAUGAAAACUCUCCUCUUUCGGCCGUAUGCGGACCGGUUCAUUCAGCUGCUCAGCAAAUACGUGGUGGACCGCAACGAGACCGUGAGUGCGUCAUAUUGUACCUCGAUGGGGUAUCUCAUGCGACUAGCGUCGGACGAUCGGGUUUUGAAAACGAUCGAUUAUGCCAAGAGCCUUUAUCUAAACUCCGACGAUGCUUCCACUCGGGCCAUCUCCGCGGAAAUACUGUACGCGUCGAGCAAGCUCUCGAAUGACCGGUUCAUGGCAUUUGCCACCGCAGCUUUACCCUUUGUGUUUGUGUGUAAGCAUGAUGCCGACGACCACGUGAAGGAAGAGUUUGACAAAACGUGGCAAGACAAUGUGGGAGGCAACCGGGCAGUGACACUUUACAUCCGGGAGAUCGUGGGGCUCGUAUCCGACAACCUGGACUCGGCGCGGUGGGCCAUCAAACACACGGCCGCCCGCGCGAUAGCUCAGGCGGUGGUAUCACUUGAAACGGGGAUCGAUCUCCCCACCUCCCAAUUGGUCUGGCCGGUAUUGGAAAAGGCGUUAUCUGGCAAGACGUGGGAAGGAAAGGAAGUGGUGCUGACCGCGCUGGUCAAGUUCGCGGGCUCCGCUCAGGCGUUGUGGACAGCGCGACCAGACUUGAGUGAGCUGAUGAAGACCAUUGCCGUCCGCGAAGCGAAGCGAACUAACGCAUUGUAUCGACCGCAUGGACUACGCGCCCUGGGGCAAAUAGCCCUGGCUCGUCAGGUGAACUUCAUGCCUGACGCAAUACGAAUCGUCCCGCCCGUAUUAGAGGAAGUGAUCGAGGAUGAGAAAGAGGGGAACGGGAUGGAGAUCGACUCCGGGAAUGGGCGAGACUCGGCAGACACCCUUGCGGCCGGUGUGCAGUGUCUGCUGCAAUGCUUGAACCCCGCCACGGCCGAUUCGGGCGACGUGUUGGGUAGAUACAUACGACAGGUGAUCGAUCCGUUAGACCAAGCCUUGACCCACGGGGGCAGACAGGUCGUCAACACGGUGUACGAAGAGCUCCAAGCGUUCAUCGGUAGAGUGGAUCAGUGGACAGGGCCCGGUGAACAGGUCCUGGCGGCGCCCAUGGCGGAUCUGGCGCAGCUGCUCACCCGGGAACGCAACGACGUCGAGACGGUUCGCAAGGGACGCGCGGAGGCGAUCUUGGCGUUCCUGAAACUGCGACCGGCAGUACGGACGGUGCCAGACACCUUGGGGGGAAGUGUGCGAGUGUGGAGGACCGGCGAGAGAUCCGUGGUGGUCCAGCGCAUCCUCGACGAGGCGCUGGGGCUGGUCGCAUGA